AUGAAAUCACACACAAAAUCAACUAAACAUUUGGAUAUUCACGAAGAAGAUGAAAUAGAUAGUAAUAUUAAUAAUAAUAUUAAUAAUAAUAAUACUAAUGAUUCAACUCAACCAACCAGUACAACAACAACAGCAGCAGCAGCAGCAGCAUCAGCAACAGCAACAGCAACAAACAUAAAUUCAGCAAUGGAGCCAAUGAUACCGAGGAAUUUAAUAUUAAUAUCUGCCUCUGUACAGAGACUCUCUAGUCAUAUAUUGGAUAGAUUCAAAAUUGUCAAAUAUUCAUACUCUGAUAAACCAGUUUAUAUAUUCACAGCCAUUAGAGGGCCAUACAGGUCUUACUCUUACACAUCAUUCCUGAUACACCUAUCACUGAUAGACCAACAAAGGUACAAGAAAAAGGAGGAUGCUGAUGAAGAGAUAGAGGAGCAAUAG